UCUCCAUCUUCGUUCACACCAUAUAUAUACUCGUACAGAUUCAUCUUAUUCGGUACAUUUUAGCUCAGGUAAUUGCUGGUUAAGUCCCAACACGAUGAAAAUUCACAAGCAAUGACCUUUGAAAAAGGCACACAGAGAUCUACUUAGCCCCUUUUCAAAACCCACAACGAUCUUCGAACUUCAUCCCAAAAAAAAAUAAAAAAAUACCCAUAACUGAAUUUUCACCAUAUUGCAGAUCCCCAUCUUUCUAUUUCUGAUGAAACCCAGAUUCUGAUAUGCGUUGCACUUCGAAUCUGAGCAAUAAAGUUUGCAUCUUUAAAGGAUCCGCGACGUCGUUUCAGGCCGCGCAGUGAAUAAUCCAAAAUGGGUGUGAACCACUCAGUGCAAGUGGUGGAAGAUAGCGACGAGGAAGAGGACCAAGAAGAAGAAGAAGAAGAAAGGAACAUCAACGGCCAUAUUGGUAGGGUCCAAUUGGGCAAUGACAUGGUGAAGAAGGUUCUAGAACAAGAGCCAGAGAUGCUGCCAUGUCACGCAUCGGCGUCGCCGCUGUCUCCGCAGCUUUCUUCUCUGGGCACGCCGCGGCUCGGUCCUUCCAUCAAGGUCUGGGACCCUUACAAUGUCUUGGCUCCACCGCCGCCGCUGUCGCCGCCGGUGUUUUCGCGGAGCUUCUCUGCGAAUGGGAUGGUGGAUGAUGAGGUUACGGAGGUUUUCCUGAUCAGCCACGGGGAGUGUGAAUUGAAUUUGGCGCCGGAUUUGGUUGGAGGCCGGUGCCCUUCCGCGGCGUUAACGGCGAACGGGAAGCGGCAGGCGAGGGCUUUGGCCGUGUUUUUGAAGUCUCAGGGGGUUCGGUUUGGUGCUGUGUAUUCGUCGCCGGUGGAUAGGGCGCGGUUAACUGCAAUAUCAGUUUGUAAGGAAGUCAAUUUUUCAGAGGAACAAAUUCAAUCCUCAGACGCACUUGCAGAGAUUAGUCAAGGGAAUUGGGAGGGCUGCCUUCGAUCAGAAAUAUAUACACCUGAAAUUCAGAGCUUCAUUGACAGGUUCCAGCCAGAUUUCACUGCACCUUCCGGGGAAUCACUUAGACAAGUAGAAUUCCGGAUGAUUCAGUUCUUAAACGGGACUGUCCUGGGAUUACCCGAAAAGUUGAGAUUAGAUUUGUCAUCACAUCAAAAUGACAACCAAGCAUUUACCCAGCACAAUUCCCAUGCUUUGACAAACUCAAUUCACGACCAAGAUGGACCUUCUCUCCAUCAAAACCAAUGGGAUUCUCUCAACAGGCAUCGACCUGCAUUCUCUAGGAAAAAAUCUGGUAAGAGCAGGCUACAAUUUGUGACAACCACUGGAGAUGAGGUUGAAGAGGAAACGCCUUCUAGCAACAUAAACCACCAAAGUUCUCUGCAUAGUUCUAGUUUUAGCAGCUUUUCACCAUCUGUUUCUUGUAUAGGACUAUUUACUCAUUCUGUGCCAAUUAAGUGUCUCCUGACUGGCCUUCUUGGAUGCAGCCCUUUGAUGUCACAUAAGUUUUGCAUAGAAGACUCUUCAGUGACAGUGUUGCAGCAUUCUUUGAGAACUGGUUGGCAGAUAAAAAGGCUGAAUGAUACAUCGCACCUUAGGCUUCUCUAGUUAGAGAGGAUCUGAAUUUUUGGCAUUGGUUUGGAUUUUAUGAAUUUAGCUUGGUUGUUGUUUAUAUUCACCAAUUCACAAGAAUUGAUGACUUUUAUUGUAACCUUUUAUUUAUUUCUGCACUGGUCUAUUCCCUGAGAGGAAAGAUACAGGAGCUGGAUUGUUGUAUCAAUUUUUUUUUAUUUGUAGCUUACUAAAGUUAUUGUUAUGCAUAUACUUGCCAUGUAUUUCCAAGUACUUCAGAGGGUGCAGUUGUUUUGGAAUUCGAAUGCUAUGAUAUUCUCAAUCCCAGAGACUGAACAGAUAAAUUUUGUUCAAAACUUGGACUCUUUGCAAUC